AUGCCUCAACCCACUGAGCUCAAGGCCUGGGCCGAGCUCGAGGAGCACUACAAGACCAUUGGCAAGACCUUCGUCCUGAAGGAGGCCUUCUCCAAGGACCCCGAGCGCUUCACCAAGCUCUCCAAGACCUUCCACGACGCGCCCUCCAGCACCGACAUCCUCUUCGACUUCAGCAAGAACUUGGUCACCCCCGAGACCAUCGACCUGCUGGUCAAGCUGGCCGAGGAGGCCGGCGUCGAGAAGAAGCGCGAUGCCAUGUUCGCCGGUGAGAAGAUCAACUUCACCGAGCAGCGUGCCGUCUACCACACCGCCCUGCGCAAUGUCGGCGGCUGGGACAUGAAGGUCGAGGGCGCCGACGUCAUGAACAACAAGGGCGGCGUCAACGAGGUGCUCAACCACAUGAAGGAGUUCUCGGAGCAGGUCCGCAGUGGCGAGUGGAAGGGCUUCACCGGGAAGAAGCUGACCAACAUCGUCAACAUCGGUAUCGGAGGAUCCGACCUCGGCCCCGUCAUGGUCACCGAGGCCCUGAAGUACUACGGUGCCGACGACAUGACCCUUCACUUCGUUUCCAACAUUGACGGAACCCACAUGGCUGAGGCCCUCAAGGCCUCGGACCCCGAGACCACGCUGUUCCUGGUCGCCUCCAAGACCUUCACCACCGCCGAGACCACCACCAACGCCAACACGGCCAAGUCGUGGUUCCUCGAGAAGACUGGCAACAAGGGUGAGAUCGCCAAGCACUUUGUUGCCCUGUCCACCAACGAGUCCGAGGUCACCAAGUUCGGCAUCGACAGCAAGAACAUGUUCGGCUUCGAGAGCUGGGUCGGCGGUCGGUACUCGGUGUGGAGCGCCAUCGGUCUCAGCGUCGCCCUCUACAUCGGCUACGACAACUUCCACAAGUUCCUGGCCGGUGCCCACGAGAUGGACAAGCACUUCCGUGAGACCCCGCUCAAGGACAACAUCCCCAUCCUUGGCGGUCUCCUGAGUGUCUGGUACAGCGACUUCUUCGCUGCUCAGACUCAUCUGGUGGCCCCCUUUGACCAAUACCUGCACCGUUUCCCCGCCUACCUUCAGCAGCUGUCCAUGGAGUCCAACGGCAAGACCAUCACCUCGGACGGCUCGCCAGCCAAGUACACGACCGGCCCGAUCUUGUUCGGCGAGCCUUGCACCAACGCCCAGCACUCCUUCUUCCAGCUCGUCCACCAGGGCACCAAGCUGAUCCCGACCGACUUCAUCCUGGCCGCCAAGUCGCACAACCCCAUCUCGGACAACCUGCACCAGAAGAUGCUGGCGUCCAACUACUUUGCGCAGGCUGAGGCUCUGAUGAUCGGCAAGACGGCCGAGCAGGUCAAGGCCGAGGGAACCCCCGACGAGCUGGUGCCCCACAAGAUCUUCAUGGGCAACCGGCCGACCACCUCCAUCCUGGUCGGCGGCAGCAUCGGACCCGCCGAGCUCGGUGCACUGAUCGUCUACUACGAGCACCUCACCUUCACCGAGGGUGCCAUCUGGGACAUCAACUCGUUCGACCAAUGGGGCGUUGAGUUGGGCAAGGUGCUCGCCAAGAAGAUCCUGAAGGAGCUCGACGAGCCCGGCAACGGUGACGGUCACGACUCCAGCACCGGAAGCCUCAUCGGCGCUUUCAAGAAGUAUGCUGCUCUAUGA